UCCUUGUGUGCCUUCUAGCUUUCAGAAAUCCACGAUGCAGCAUCCAAUACAGCCCAGUGAUAGAUUGACCUUCAGUGACUUCACAGUUUUGGUUUUACAUCAUAUGAUUGUCUUUCUUGUCCUACAGUCAUGUGCAGGUCAAACUCAGGUGAUUGGUCCAUCUCAGCCAAUAGUGGCGACAGUUGGUGACGACAUCAUUUUGCCGUGUCACCUGGAACCUGCGAUCAAUGCUUCUGACUUGAGGCUGGAGUGGGUGAGACCUGACCUGAGCCCUGGGUUUGUCCAUGUGAGGGCGAACAGUCAAGAAUCUGUGGUUGAUAAACAGCCGUCCUACAGGGGAAGAACAUCACUGCUAACUGAUAAAUUAAAGGACGGAGACAUUUCACUGAGACUCUCUGAGGUGAAACCUUCUGAUGAGGGAACAUACAGAUGUCUUGCUCCCACACUGGGUCGGGCUGCUUUCAUCAAACUUAUUGUUGGUGCUGUCUCUUCACCUUUCAUAAAGGUGAUAAACAGAAACGGCACAAAUGUGGUGUUACAGUGUGAGUCUAAAGGCUGGUAUCCAGAGCCUGAGGUGUCUUGGUUGGAUGGUGAGGGAAACCUCCUCUCUGCUGGACCUACAAAGACAGUCAGAGGUCCUGAUGACCUCUAUACUGUCAGCAGCAGAGUGACUGUAGAGAAGAGGCACGACAACAACGUCACCUGUAGAGUCCAACAGAAGAACAUCAACCAGACCAGAGAGACACACAUUAUUGUUUCAGCCCUGCCUUGGCAUAUGAAAUGUAUCUUGGCUUUGAGCUUAGCUGGUGUCUUCAUAGUCAUCCUGUCGGUUGUGGGGAUCGAGAUUAAGUUUACUAGGUAUGAGUUCAAUCAAGAUUUAAAUGAGGUAACGACACAGAAGACAGACGUGUUACUGGAGCAAGAAACAGCUGCUACAGAAAAACGCCCAGCAGAGGAUAAACUUCCUGCAUCAGCUCAGGAAGUUUAACCUGCAAGUCUGUUCUCUGCACAUCCAUCACUGUCUUGUUUGGAUCAACCACCAAACCAGACAAGAACAGACUGCAACUGACAGUCAGGAUUGGAGAAAAGAUCCACAUUACCCUUCCUCCAGAACAUGUACACCUCCAGAGUCACUGCAGACCUUGGACAUAACCUGUUCCAACUUCUCCCCUCUGGUAGGUGCUACAGAACACUACAAGCCAAAACCACCAGACACAAGAACAGCUUCUUCCCUCAAAUUACACUUCUCAACACUUAAAGCAGCCACGGAAGGUUUGAUAACAAUUAGUCUGAAAAAGCUACAAUUCUAUUUCACCUUUAUAUACAUACAUAUAAUCAAAUGUAAUUGAAAACUUGUGCAAUAACCUCACUACCUCUAACUGUAUUAACAAUCCUGAAUGUAUAAAUGUAGUUUGUUGUGCAAUUCUUGCCUGUAUAUAAUAGCUAUAUAUGUUGUAUUAAGCUAUAAGUUUGCUCAUAUUUGUUUAGCUGUAUGUGUGUUACUGUAUCAUCCUGUCAAUGUGUCCUCUACACCAGUGGUUCCCAAUAUUAGUAUAGAUGGCUAUACAAUUGUCCACAACUGCUCACAAAUCGUGAUAUCUUAACACUUAUCAUGAAUAUAGAUACUGACAGAUAGGAGAGUGUAUAGUAAGUACUGUCUUUUUUCUUUUUUACUUGAAAAAUAUCAUUUUUGUUUUGAAAAUGGACCUCAAAAUUAACCAUGAGUUCAUUUUGUUAGGAAAAAUGCCAAAGGGGAUAGUCAGAACUGAAGAUGAGUAUCUUAUUAGAAUGUAAGGAUAACUGCUCUUAAACUUAUAACAAAAAACUGACUUCAGAAACUAAGGCCUAGUGUAGAGAAACUGAAGGAUUUAAUGGAGCAAGUAAAAGAAAUGGAGCAGUUAACAUAUGGGAAAAAUGUUACAGCAGAAGAUAUGAAGAUAUUACACCUCAGCUUAACAAAAAGUAACCUACAAUAAUUUCAUUAGACAUUCAGACAGCUAAUAGAUUGUUAUUAGAUAAAAUAGAUAUUGGGAGGAGUCAACAGGGGAAGCACACCCUUUUAUCUUUUUC